UGCUGUGCACUUGACCCUCCAGCACUUUAACCCAGUCCUAUAUUUGUUUGUUUAUUUAUUCGAUUUAUUCACCUAGUCCAUGUACGAUCACUAAUACAUGUGAUCUACUGACAGCAUUGAAGAGUUGAAACAAGUGAAGAGAGAAAAGUUUAGAAUGAAUUGUCCUUACUCCACAGCUGUGCAGUACUGCCCUGAGAUCCCCUUUCAUCGGUAUAGAGACGCCUCCUCCCGUCUGUCCUGGACAGAGAGUUCCUGCCUAGCCUCCAUUAUGUCACAGAACCAAUCAGGACAGAGCUCUGACAUCCUCAGUCAGGAUGUGUUCAACCAGCUACUGGAGAUGCUGGACCAGUCAGCCUUCCACUCGUUGCAGCCCAUACAGCUGAACGUCUCCGACAGCCCAACAGACAGAGAUGGACCAGCAGGCAACACCAUCCAGAUCAGCAUGGACUGCAUCACCAUGCGUGAGGGCCAGGAUCCACUUUCGUCCCAGUAUACCAACCUGGGGCUGCUGAACAGCAUGGAUCAGAACAUCCAAAAUGGCGGCUCUACCUCCACCAGUCCCUACAACAACGACCAUGUCCAGAACAACGUGUCAGCGCCCUCACCCUACGCCCAGCCCAGCUCCACCUUCGACGCCAUGUCCCCCUCCCCGGCCAUCCCCUCCAACACAGACUACGCUGGGACACACACCUUCGACGUCUCCUUCCAACAGUCAUCCACAGCCAAGUCUGCCACCUGGACGUACUCUACAGAGCUGAAGAAGCUGUACUGUCAGAUAGCCAAGACGUGUCCCAUCCAGAUCAAGGUGCUGACCAACCCCCCGCAGGGCGCUGUCAUCAGAGCAAUGCCCGUUUACAAGAAGGCAGAGCACGUCACCGAGGUGGUCAAACGCUGCCCCAACCACGAGCUCAGCCGCGAGUUCAACGACGGUCAGAUAGCCCCUCCCAGUCACCUGAUCCGAGUGGAGGGUAACAGCCAGUCCCAGUAUCUGGAGGACUCCAUCACGGGCCGUCAGAGUGUGCUGGUCCCCUACGAGCCCCCUCAGGUGGGCACAGAGUUCACCACCAUCCUGUAUAACUUCAUGUGUAACUCCAGCUGUGUGGGAGGCAUGAACCGACGCCCCAUCCUCAUCAUCGUCACCCUGGAAACCAGAGAAGGUCAGGUGCUGGGUCGGCGAUGCUUCGAGGCCAGGAUCUGUGCGUGCCCUGGCCGGGACCGUAAGGCGGACGAGGACAGCAUCCGCAAGCAGCAUGUUACUGAUGGAACAAAGACCAGUGAGGGUAUGAAACGCCCCUUCCGCCAGGCCUCCCAUGGGAUCCAGAUGUCCUCCAUCAAGAAGAGAAGAUCCACUGAUGAGGAAGUGUUUUGUCUGCCUAUUAAAGGCCGUGAAAUCUAUGAGAUUUUGGUAAAAAUCAAAGAGUCUUUGGAACUCAUGCAGUUUCUGCCUCAGCACACUGUAGAAUCAUACAGGCAGCAGCAGAACCUCCUGCAGAAACAAUGGGAUCUCUUGGGGGAUGAGAGUAACGGGCUGUAUCCUCCUCUCCCCUGCCCCAGGAGCUCCAUGGUACCCCCGGCCCAGUACGGCUCCAGCUCCCCUCCUCACCCCCACGGCAAGGUCAACAAGCUCCCCUCCGUCAGCCAGCUCAUCAACCCCCAGCAACGCAACACGCUCACCCCGUCCUCCAUGGCCCAAGGCCUGACUGACAUGGCUCCGAUGAUGGGCCACAUGGCUAUGAAUGCUGACAUGUCGGCCCUGAGCCCCGCACACAUCCUGCAGCCUCAGUUACCCAUGGUGCCCAGCUCUCACUGCACCCCCCCGCCUCCCUACCCCAUGGACAGCAGCAUCUCCAGCUUUCUUCUGCGGCUGGGCUGCGCAGCCUGCCUGGACUACUUCACAGCACAGGGCCUGACCAACAUCUACCAGAUCGAGAACUAUAACUUGGAGGACCUGUCCCGGCUGAAGAUCCCCCAGGAGUUUCAGCACGUCAUCUGGAAGGGCAUCAUGGAGCACCGGCAGAGCAUGGAGUUCUCCCCUCCUCCCCACAUCCUACGUACCUCCGGCGGGGCCUCCACCGUCAGCGUAGGGUCCUCCGAGGCCCGGGGCGAGCGGGUCAUCGACGCGGUGCGCUUCACCCUGCGCCAGACCAUCUCCUUCCCGCCGCGCGACGACUGGUCCGACUUCUCCUUCGACCUGGACUCCCGACGCAACAAGCAGCAACGCAUCAAGGAGGAGGGGGAAUAGACACUCUGGCCGGAAUUUCAAUCUAAGGCGAGUUGUCGAAAAGUGCACUGCAACAAUGGGCCUGUAAAGGCAAUUUCCCUGACGUUCACAGAGAUCGCUUUUACAAACGCUGCAGAUGUCAGCACAUACAGUUGAAGUCGGAAGUUUACAUACACUUAGGUUGGAGUCAUUAAAACUCGUUUUUUCAACAA